AUGGAGGAGGCAGAGAAGGUUAAGGUUGUAGUGAGAUGCCGGCCUAUGUCGCAACGGGAACUCAAUCAGGGCCACAAAGUCGCUGUGAGAGUUUCAACGGAGGACAACUCUGUGAUACUGGAACAAGAACCUAGGAGGACGUUUUAUUUUGACGCAGUUUUUCCACCUGACUGUGAUCAAAUGCGUGUAUAUAAUGUUGCUGCAAGACCAAUAGUGGAAAAUGUGCUCAAGGGAUAUAACGGCACCAUUUUUGCAUACGGUCAAACAGGAACAGGAAAAACUUUCACAAUGACCGGUGAUUUGGAAAGGCCAGAGUUGCAAGGAAUUAUACCAAAUUCAUUUGCGCAUAUCUUCGACCAUAUCGCCAAAUGUCAGCAAGAUACCACUUUCCUUGUUCGAGUCUCUUACUUGGAAAUAUACAAUGAGGAGUUACGUGAUUUGCUUGCUAAGGACAGUCACACGUCGAAUUUGGAGAUCAAGGAAAAGGCCGACAUCGGAGUUUAUGUGAAAAACUUGAUUUCAAUAAUUGUUGGAAGUGCUAGUCAGAUGCAAAAACUCAUGGAAUUCGGUAACAAGAACCGUAAAGUUGGAGCGACUCAGAUGAACGAAGAAAGCAGUCGUUCCCAUGCUAUGUUUUCGGUGACGGUUGAAGCCAGCGAAAGAGGCAUGGUUACUCAGGGAAAGUUGCAUCUUGUCGAUCUAGCGGGUAGCGAACGUCAGAGCAAAACUGGAGCCGCUGGAGAGCGAUUGAAGGAAGCAGCUAAAAUCAAUCUUUCGCUGUCUACUCUGGGAAACGUUAUCAGUGCGCUCGUGGACGUAAAAUCUACACAUAUACCCUACAGAAAUUCCAAGCUAACACGCCUGCUGCAAGACUCUCUGGGAGGAAAUUCGAAAACUGUGAUGAUAGCAAAUAUUGGUCCGGCGUCGUACAACUAUGAUGAAACUUUAUCAACAUUACGCUAUGCGAAUCGAGCGAAAAACAUUCAAAAUGUGGCCAGGAUAAACGAAGAUCCAAAAGACGCCCAACUUAGGAAGUACCAACACGAAAUAGAGAUGUUGAGAAAGCAGCUAGCUGAUUCGGAAAUGGACAACGAGAACGAGUCUACUUGGGAACAACGUAUGCAGGAAAUGGAGCAGAAUCUGGAGAAGACCCGAGAAGAAUUGGCUGGAAGAAACGCAGAAGACGAGGAGACGAGAGCUCUCGUCCAACAAAUGCUUGAAAGGGAGGCGGAGCUGAAGCGUGCCAGAGCCGAGCACGCUGAUUUGCGCGCGAAGCUUAGCCAGAUGGAAAGCAGACUCAUUGUGGGUGGAGAAAACAUGCUAGAGAAGGCGGAAGAGCAGGCCAGGCUCUUGGAGGAGAGUAAUCGUGAAUUGGAGUUGUCUCGAACACAGGAGUCUCGUCUUCGAGAUCAAUUAAAGGAGAAAGCUGCUGCGAGAGAGGACAUAGAAGAAAAAUAUUCUUCGUUACAAGAUGAAGCUGCUGCAAAGACUCGACGCCUGCGACGCACAUGGAAUGAAUUAUGUGAAGUCAGAACUGAACUUGCGGAUUCCGAGGCAGAACACCAUCGUGAGGUAGAGGGGCUUUUGGAGAGCAUAAGACAGCUUAGAAAGGAGCUUCUCCUCAACAUGACGAUUAUUGAUGAAUACAUUCCUCCUGAAUACGUAGAGUUGAUCGAGAAGUACGUGAGCUGGAGUGAGGAGAUGGGUGAUUGGCAGUUGAACGCUAUCGCCUACACUGGGAACAACAUGCGGGCGGCAGCACCACUUCCUGUUCAGCCGUAUCAGGUGAGAGAUGAUGUACAGUUGAAACAAAUUCCUUCACUUUUUAUUUGGGGACGUUUUCUAAAGUUAUUCAGGAGUUUAUGA